UAGUGUCUAUAGUUAAAAAAUGGCGGCUACUGUUAGUUGUUACGCUUUUUCUUCCGAUGGUGAAUAUUUUGCUCAUUGUGGAAAUGAUGGGAAGUUAAAAAUUUGGGAUACAUUCACUGGUCGUUUAAAACAAGAAUAUGUUUCAAAUUUUCAUCUAUCUUCUCCAUGUUCUGUUUUGGCAUGGCUUUAUGUUAAUUCUUCGACGAGAAAUGCCACGCCUUCACCAUGGAAAAAACGCAGAAAGAAGUCGAUUUCAGAAGAAUCCAAUCCCAAAGGCAUUGUUGCAAUGGGUUCUUCAAAUGGAAGAAUUACACUUUACGAUACUACAACGUCUUCAGUUACUACUCAACUAAAUGGUCACUCUAGUACAGUUACUGCAGUGACAUGGUCUGAAAUUGCUGGUUUGUUCACUGCAGCAGAUGACCAUCACAUUAUUCAUUGGAAUCUUAAAGACAAUGGAGUAAAGUUCAAGUGGAAAUCUGGGAGAGGAAAAACAACAUCUUUAGCAAUUUCAGGAGAUGGAACAAGUUUAUUGUCAGGAGAAAGAGUUAUUAAGUGGUGGAAUUUAUCUACUAAGGAAUUAAUCAGGACAUUCACAGGUCAUGCUAAUCAAGUGACAUGCCUUUGUACUGCUCAGAUGUCAUCUGCGAGCAAUUAUUUAAUUAGCGGAGCCUGUGGCGAUGGUUGUCUUAAUAUUUGGGCUUUAGAUAAGAAUAAAAGUGAUAGAGCCCCUGUAUCAAGUUUAGCUCUUCAGGAUGAUGCUGUAAGUGUUUCUGUAACUGUCUCGGAGGAGUCUCAGGUAGUCGUACUUGUCGUAACUAGGUCAGGGCAAGCACACUUAUUCCAAUACCAACCAAAUGGUCGCUCAAAACCUUUGAAGCCUAGCUUAAAUAUUGCAGUAGCAUCUGAUGUAAGUCAAAAAGACAGUGUCCAGCAAAUUUCCAUCUUAGAUGCAAAAUUGACAGAAGACCAAAAAUUACUCUUAAUGUAUGGUACAUAUCUUAAUCCUACAUUUGAAAGGGUGACUCCAGAUUUCUCUGACAAAGUACAGUGUCUAGUGCGCUCAGAGAGUAGAAGAAAUAAAGAGAGAAAAGAAGAAAUUUCUAAGGUGAAGACUGCUAUAAUUGAAGAUAACAUUGAAUACCUUGCACCAGGAAUAAUUGAAACCACAACAAAAAGGGACAGAAAUAAUUCUGGAUCACAACUGUUACUAAAAGACAGAUUGGAAAACCUAAGUUUAAAUGCUGAAAGCAGUCCUGCAGGAAAGACUACUACCUCGGGCAGCAAUAGAGCGCAACUUUUAAUGCAAGGGUUGAAUAGUAAAGACAAGACUAUUUUGGGCAAUAUUUUUCUUACGAGGAAUGAGACUAUUAUUAGAAACACUAUUGCCAAACUACCAAUACAGGCAAUUGGACCACUACUCAAAGAGCUAACCAUCUUGCUCCAGGGUAAAACUUACGCGAGUAAAGUUGCAGUAAGAUGGUUGGAGGCAUUAUUGAUGACACAUGCAGGUCAUCUUUUGUCGCAAGCGGAUCUUACACAAUCAUUUGGUCCAAUUUUGAGUUUAAUAGAUGCCAAAUUGGCUCUUUUGUCAGAACUCUCGAAACUUAAAGGUCGUAUUUCUCUCGUCACUGGCCAAAUUUCUCAGACAAUAGAAGAACACCAUAAGGAUAUUGUCGAAAAUUGUCUUGUUUAUCAGGAUUCAGAUUCCUCAGACGAAGACCGUGGGAUAGAAGAUGAGGAUUUAGAAAGUGAGUCUGAUGAAAAUUGGGAAGAAAUGUCAAAUCAGGAAGAUCAAGAUGAUCAAGAAGAACAAAAUGAUCAAGAUGUCAGAAGUGCCAAUUCUGAUAAUGAAGAUGAAUCUUUAUCCAGUUAAAUAUUAAUUAAAUAUUCAAGAUUCCAGAUACAUUGAAUGUGGAAGUGAAAGAAAGAGUAAAGAAUGUUAAAUAAAUGACGUUUUUCUACACGAAGUAUUCACUUUUAUUAUUUCUAUAUCCUUGUCAUUUAUUCAAAUUGAAUAGAGA